AUGCACCUUGAUUACUGCCUGAUCCUCCUUCUGGCUGGACUACUGGCCCUUUCUCACAGCCAGCUGCACCUAGAGCAGGUUCCAGGGACAGACAAGAGCUCCUCCAGCCUCAAGAUCACCCCGGGCAAUGCCGACUUUGCCUUCCGCUUCUACCAUGCAGUCGCUUCUGAAAGCCCCAGGAAGAACAUCUUUUUCUCACCUCUGAGUAUCUCCGCUGCCUUCGCCAUGCUCUCGCUGGGGGCCUGCUCGCACAGCCGGACCCAGAUCUUCGAGGGCCUGGGCUUCAACCUUACCGAGCUGUCUGAGUCUGACAUCCACCGGGGCUUCCAGCACCUCCUGCACACUCUCAACCUCCCUAGCCAAGAGCUGGAAACGCACGUGGGCAGUGCCCUGUUCCUGAGCCACGACCUGCCACUCCUUGGUAAAUUCCUUAAUGACACUGAAGCAUUUUAUGAGACCAAACUCUUCCAAACCAACUUCUGCAACACUGUGGGCACAACCCAGCUAAUCAAUGACCAUGUCAAGAAGGAAACUCGAGGGAAGAUUGUGGAUUUGGUCAGUGAGCUCAGCACGGAUAUCACAAUGGUGCUGGUGAAUUACAUUUACUUCAAAGCUCUGUGGGAGAAACCCUUCUUUCACAGUAUGACCACUCCCCACAACUUCUACGUUGACGAGAGCACAACAGUCAAGGUGCCCAUGAUGCUGCAAGAUGACCAUCACCACUGGUAUCUCCACGACAGAUACCUGCCCUGCUCGGUGCUGCGGAUGGAUUACAAAGGAGACGCCACGGCGUUGUUCAUUCUUCCUGACCGAGGCAGGAUGAGGCAGGUGGAGGAGGUUUUGACUCCAGAGAUGCUACUAAGAUGGAACAACUUGCUUCAGAAGAGGAAUUUCUACAGGAAGGUGGAGCUGCACUUCCCCAAGUUCUCCAUUUCUGGCUCCUACGCACUAGACCAGAUUUUGCCUGAGCUGGGCUUCACAGACCUGUUCUCCGCACGAGCUAACUUCUCUGGCAUCUCCGGACAGCUGAACCUGAAGGCAUCCAAAAGUUUCCACAAGGCCACCCUGGACGUGGAUGAGGUCGGCACCGAGGCUGCAGCGGCCACCGGCUCCUCCUUCAAGCUGUUCUCUGCCCAGAAAACUCAGAGAGUGCUCUGGUUCGACCGGCCCUUCCUCAUGGUGAUCUUUUCCACCAGUACCCAGAGUGUCCUCUUUCUGGGCAAGGUUGUCAACCCCACGAAACCAUAG